CGCGCUAAAAAAUUAACGAAUAACGAACAGAAAAAGCCCUUAUUUUUUCUUAAUAUCGGAAAAUUCUCUCUCUCUCUCUCUCUCGCGGAGAGAUGUGUGACUGAGCAGUUGAGCAUUUGCGCUCGCGGCGAAAACAAAAAUGAAGCCCCACACGAACAGAGGAUUCGCCACGACUGGCCCGCUUCACGUAACAUCUCCUCCACGAGCCUCGCCGGAGCUCUCUCUUAGCCGGCGAUUACCGGCCACAGCACACGUUCCCCGGCGAGUUUCAUACGGUAAACGCCGCCGCACCAGCAUCUCCGCAGUUCUCCGCCGAAACCAGCCCGAAAUUUCGGAUCAGGAGACCGGUAGCUCAGUAGAAAAUGCUGAUUAUUCCGACGGAGCUCGACGGGGCCCGCUCCAUACGAGGCGGCACGCGCUGCUCGCGCCGACGCUGGCGCUGGGCGCGUGGUUUCUGAAAUCGACGAUAGCGAGCGCCGAGGACGCGCCGUCUACAUCGCCGCCGCCAUCACCGUCGCAGACAGUACCGGUGCCGAGAGAGGAGAAGGAGGAGGAGGAUGCGAUAACGUCGAGAAUAUACGACGCGUCGGUGAUCGGAGAGCCAAUGGCGAUGGGGAAGGACAAGGGCAAGGUAUGGGAGAAAGUGAUGAAUGCUCGGAUUGUGUAUUUAGGCGAAGCCGAACAGGUUCCGAUUCACGACGACAAAGAAUUGGAGCUCGAGAUUGUGAAGAAUUUGGGGAAAAAGUGUUUGGAGAGUGAGCGAGCAUUAUCUUUGGCUCUUGAAGCAUUUCCUUGUAAUCUCCAGGACCAGCUCAAUCAGUACAUGGACAAAAGCAUAGAUGGAGAAGCUUUGAAGUCCUACACAUCACAUUGGCCACCUCAACGCUGGCAGGAGUAUGAGCCUCUCCUGAGUUACUGUCGGGAUAACGGAAUUCGGCUAGUGGCUUGUGGAACUCCACUCAAGGUUUUAAGGACUGUCCAAGCAGAGGGAAUUAGUCGGCUUUCAGAGGCUGAUCGAAAAACAUAUGCUCCUCCAGCGGGUUCGGGCUUCAUAUCAGGCUUCACUUCUAUCACACGCAGACCACCAGUUGAUUCAAAUUCCCGGAGUCAAUCUGUUCCUUUUGGGCCAAGCUCAUAUCUUUCUGCGCAAGCAAGAGUGGUUGAGGAUUAUACUAUGUCCCAGAUUAUUUUAAAGGCCAUGGCGGAUGGAGGAGCAAGUGGUAUGCUAGUGGUGGUGACAGGUGCAAGCCAUGUUAAAUAUGGGAUUAGAGGGACUGGGCUGCCGGCCAGAAUUUCAAAGAAGUUGCAAAAGAAAAACCAAGUAGUUAUAUUACUUGAUCCUGAAAGACAGCACAUACGACGAGAGGGAGAAGUUCCUGUUGCUGAUUUCCUGUGGUAUUCUGCUGCCAGAACCUGCAGCAGGAAUUGUUUUGAUCGCGCUGAAAUUGCUCGAGUUAUGAAUGCAGCAGGCAGGAGGCGAGAAGCCCUUCCACAGGACCUUCAGAAAGGACUGGAUCUUGGUUUGGUAUCCCCAAAGGUAUUACAGAACUUCUUUGAUCUGGAGCAGUAUCCUCUUCUUGCAGAACUUGCUCAACGUUUCCAGGGUUUCAGGGAAAGAUUGUUGGCAGAUCCUAAAUUCUUGAAUAGAUUAGCUAUAGAAGAAGCUAUAUCAUUAACUACUACUCUAGCACAGUAUGAGAAGCGCAGAGAAAAUUUCUUUGAAGAGCUGGACUAUGUUUUUACAGAUACUCUAAGGGGAUCAGUGGUUGAUUUCUUUACAGUGUGGCUUCCCGCCCCAACAUUGUCAUUCCUUUCAUAUGCUGAUGAGAUGAACGCGCCUGAUAGCAUGGAUGCCAUUAAAGGUCUCCUUGGGUCCAUCCCAGAUAAUGCGUUUCAGAAGAAUCUUGUGGGGACGGAUUGGAGUAUCAAUUAUAGACUUGCAUCAGUGUUUCUGGGUGGUUUAAAAUUAGCUGGUGUUGGAUUCAUUUCAAGCAUUGCGGCUGUUGCUGCCUCAAAUGGUUUGUUUGCUGUUCGCAAAUUCAUUAAUCCAACUCUGAUUAGUGAUCAGGAAAAGAAAAGAACUCCAAUACUUAAAACAGCAAUAAUUUAUUCAUCCUUUCUCGGAACAUCAGCAAAUCUCCGUUAUCAGAUUAUUGCUGGAGUAAUAGAGCAUCGAAUUUCUGACGAGUUUGCUUCUCAAACAUUACUUGUAAAUCUGCUGUCUUUUGUUUCUCGGACAAUAAACUCGUAUUGGGGAACUCAGCAAUGGAUUGAUCUUGCACGCUUUACUGGACUGCAAUCUCGGAAGAGUGAGUCAUCCUCUCACCAAAUGCCAGAAAUGCCCGAUUCUACUAACCAAAUGGCAGCACUGGAAGGUAACAACACGGAGGAGACAAGUUUAGAUGAAAUCCAAAGUAAAUGAGGUGAUAUUUUCCCACUUUAGAUCUUCAUACUAGUUUGCAGAAUUUUCUUUAAAAUCUGCCGGGAGAGAUCUCAAAGAACGGAUUUUGGCCCUUAGCUUUAAAUGUAUCAAUUCAGUUACGUCCCCUGUUGUAAAUUCCUUAAUGUAAUACAGUUAAUUUUGGUGAUCACUAUUACAAUUCUGUCAAUUUUGGUGAUCACAAAGGCAGUAUUAUAGAAUUAAAUGCUCAGUGCGUGAGAAUAGUUUCCGAAUCUCAUCUAAUCUGUUGGUAGGAGGUACUUGGAAAGAAAAUAGAUUGAAAUUAUCUCAUAAACAAAAUGAAUGGAGAAACCUUGACGUGCAAAUAUUUUCUCUUCAAAUGGUGCUGUCAACAUUUGGACAUUUCUCCUCAGAUGUUACGGAACUAAUCGAAGUAUCAGAGACUGAUACUUUGCAGGUGAUCCAUAUGCUGCAAGAGGAAGAGGAGUUCAUUUUCUGUCAAAGGUUUUUUUGUGAAUGUACUAGUAUGUAUGUAGAGAUAUGAUGAAUAUAAAUCCUACCUUUGGUUGAUAACACUCCCUUGUUAAGAGUUUUGUUUUGUUUUUUUCUUUUUCUUAGGAAAGUUACAUUAUGUUACUCUUGAAAAACAAAGUACAAAAAGACCCCAAAAUGGUAUCAUUUACAGAAAAAUGAAUGGGGUUAUACGAAAAAGGAAGAGUUUCUAAACUCUAUUUCCUAUUCAUUAACUGUAAUUGUCCAGGAUCCUCUUACUGUUUCCUCAGGUGGUGCAUCCUGAAUUAGCGGUUCUCUGUCAACUGGUUGAUUCCGACUAACUGGUUUCCCUCCUAUUCUCUGUUGCUGCAACACUAGUACAGAAACUGAGCAAUGAAAAUCCGAGGAAGCAAGCAUAUCCCCGAUGAUUCCAAGCUCCGGGCACUCACUCCACUCACCAAGCCCCGAAAGAAGUCGGGAGUCCUGAUGGUGCAUGCCUACCAAUAUCAAAUCAAAACAAUCACCAUUGAUUUGAUAACAGCAGACAAUCUUGCUCCAUCUCUUACCACCUCUUCCACGACGACAAACCGCUCAUUGUCUGCAUUAGCUAGCCGGUAGUCAUCAACCAGGUCAGUGUCCCGCUUCCGUUCUUUACUGUUUUCAUCACCAAAGAGAAGCAACCGGGCAACUGUUAAAUCCACGCUCGGAUGUCUUGCCAUGCGAGCACCAUAGGCUAGUGCCUCUGCAUCGUCUGCACCACCAAUGAAGAUCACAGCGACAUGGAAUAUAUACUGGCUGGUUAGAACUGACAACGACCCUGCUAGCAGUCCCCGGUCAAUGAGAAUUCCAACAGAGCAAGGUGCCAUUUCGAGGACAUUCUUGUUCAUGGACCGGAGAGCUCGGUUCACUGCCCCAAUGUUGCCAUCUACUGCCCAUUGCUUGUGAAAUGGCAGGAUCACCAGGUUAACCCUAUUAUCUAAUGCUACCCGGCAAACAUCCUCGUGCAUUGUUAUAUACUGUGAGAUGGAAGUGAAUGCUUGGAGGGAUACGCACCCUUCGUUAUGCUGCUCGUACUGCCUCAGUGCUUUGACAAUAUGGCUGGACAUGGCUGUAUUGUUGUCCAAGUUGUCAUGGGGUUGGUGUGCCACAAGAAUAGGGUUGGUUCGCCCUACAAGCUCAGUGAGGACGAGUCCUAUGACUGCAACAGGGUUCUCUUCUGUAGCAUUUGAUACCUCCAGGACGUUUAUGACAGUGGGAACAUUGUCGUGGUUGUGGAUACAGGCCAGGAUUUGGAGCUCUGACCUGCGCUUCAAAUGCUGGAUAGUACUUCUUUUAAGUGCUGCGUAUUUGUUCGAAGGAUCAUGAAGAUACCUUAUCAAAGGUGUUACAAUUGCUGUCAUCACUAUCACUGAGAACACGGACAGCGCGAAUUCUUGAUCAGUCAGAAUCUGUAAAAGAUUCAUCAUAUCAUCCGAGGAUAACGCCGAGCACAAAAGCUUCAUGCGUAGGGACAUCAAAAUAGGCCGCUGGUAACAUUACUGCUCCUAUCUUCACCAGGGCAGAAAAGAGAACAAGAAAACCCAUAAUCCAUGUAGACCGAGGAUUAAUCCUGAAGAUGUUCGUCCUCAGCCCGCUAUUGGCAAGGUAACUUGGGUAGAACAAUCCUGUAGCCAUAAUUUCCAACUUCAUCACCAAUGCAGAUCCCAAAGGCGGUCCUUCAGGCACGACGAAGCCAAGCACUAGAGGUCCCAGCAGGUAAUGCUGGCUGACGAGCUCACUGAGAAAUCCGCACACAAGAACAAACAGGAAAAUGGUAAUGAUAUAUGACUCCUUGACAGAUUUCCCUUCCUCUAUACGGUUUAGCAUCCAUAGAAUUGUUGGCCUGAACACAUAUAUAAUCGAAAGAAUAAAAACUGCUGCUGUUAUUAUUUCCAAAGCUGGAACUAACGCACUUUUUGUCUUGUUACCCAAAAUUGCCAUGGCAAUCCCAACCAUGCUGAUGCCAAUAACAUCGGCAAACAUUGUUACAGAGAGGGCCAGGCGGCCAAGGUCUGUGUUCAUUAGCUUGAGCUCGGUUAGUAAACAACCAAUCACAGGGGAACCCGUUACAGCCUGUGCUGCAGUUAUAGUUGGGAGAGCCGUCUUAAGGGUCUCGUCCAUUGCGACAUAUUUUCUCAUUGUCAUGGCUAGGCAUAAGGGGAGUGCCAAGGUGAAGAAGAACAUCGAAAGUGCAAUGGCAACUACUCUUCGUUCGGGCCUUAUCAUUCUGUCUGCAUUCAUCUUCACUCCUAUUGAAAAAAGGAAGAACAUGAGGCCGAAUGUUGAAAUAGUUUCAAACACAUUAGCGCCUUUUAUUGGGAAGAUGGUGUUUGCAAUUUCCUUUCUGUGCCCCAGAAGUGAUGGCCCAAAUAUUACACCGCCCUGAAGAAGGUACAAGUUUUGUUAAUGUAGAGAUUGAAAUCGUACAAACAUCUGAGAAACGAUGGUGGACUGUCCCAUGGGUUUGAGGCAGAGAUUGAUCAACUGGGAAACAAUGGUGAUGGCAGAUAACUGCAGCAGAAGAAGAGAUGUAGAGGAUCUGAGAGGGUUGUGAUGGCGCCAUAGUCCAUCGGAAACAAUGUUGCCGUGGGGUGCUUGGCACACCAAACUCACAUUGUCUAUGGCCUGUUCGAUAUCUAUAACCAACGUAUUUAUCUCCAAGCCCAUCUGGGCUGGGCACCACAAGGAAGAGGAAGAAGAAAAUGAAAGGAACAACGAAAGAAAGAUACCGAAAAAUCGGAGAAAGAAGAAGUGAACGCAACAGGUACCAUACACAAGAAUUACACAUACACAAACACACACAGUCGGAGAGAGGAAUGGGAGGUGAAGCUGAUAUUUUGGGAAUUUAAGUCUUUGACGGGUGAGCUAUAUCCUACAAAAUAGAUAAUCUAAAUUCGAGCCUUUAGAAAACUGCGGGUGUUUAGCUAUAGCAUGCAUGGAUUAUUCUUUUUUUUUUUUUAAUUUUUUUAUUUAUUAACCUAAAUAUAAGGUAAUUAGUAACAUUAAUCCAAAUAUUAAUAAGGCUACAAGUUUACUGGCUACAAGGUGAUAGAUUAGGGGCUAAAUCACCUCAUGUUUUAAAGAGCAUACUGAUAUGACUGCAAGCUAGUGAUUGAUGAUGUUGACUAAUGAAGCACUAGAACGAAGAAUUCGUCAAUUUUGAUUUAUUUGGAUUUUAUGAUACUUAACGUAGUCACAUUAGCAAAAGGAGGUGUGUCGAAAGUAUGAGUUUGAAUUUCUCUCUUUGCAAUUUGAACUGAAUUUUAACUCUCCACGAUACUCAUGCCCAUUCGUCACAUGAUUUAGCAACCACAAUUUUUAGAGCAACUCACAAUACAUUGUUAUCGUGCAACUCGUGUCUAUUAGACAGCGUUACGUGAAGCAAAUGCAGUAUGAAGAGAACCUUACACGAUGCGUUAUACCAUUAACAUAAGAUGAAGUUUCAGCUAAUUAUACAUUAGAAUUCCACCUUUUGAGAGUGUAUUAUGGUUAAUGUCAAAAUCAAAUUGGAGAUUUUUCGAGAAUGAACCGGCUCAUAACAUAGAUCUAAAUCUUUACUUAAUAAAAAAAAAAACACACACACACACACACAAUAACUACUAAUAAGUAUCAAACGGCUAAAAAUCCUGGAACAGGGCAUGAAACGAUGCAUUCUAGAAUUCUCCAGUAAGCGGAUAAAACCGAAGUCGCUUCCGCGUGGCAUGAAAAAACAGUGGGCCUGCGUCACUCUCGACCCAUAUGUCACAAAGUAAAGAAAUUUCUAGGCCUCAGUGGGCAAGUUGGGAAUUCCAAGAAAAUUGUGGGUAGUUACCAAAAAAAAAAAAUUUGUGGGCCACUAAAAUUGAGUAACCGACCAAUCCCCCUAUUUUUACGCCCUUCAAUUAAAAUAUUAAUUAAUUUGUCUGCAUUUACUCAUUAAUUUGCCUAUUUAUAGUAAGAUAUUUCCACUCUUAUCCUUAUCUGCUCGUUCAUCUCCUUAAACGUACAGUCUCUCUCUCUCUCUCUCUCUCUCUCAUCGACGUCGUUUCGAGAUUGACAGCAAGGAAAGCAAGCAGCGAACUGGCCAUGGACGUGAUCUCCAGGAGCGCGACGACGUCGUCGAAUCUGAAUCCCAACGCUCCGAUGUUCGUGCCGCUGGCGUAUCGGACGGUGGAGGACUUCUCCGCCGAAUGGUGGGCCCUGGUUCAGUCCUCCCCUUGGUUCCAAGACUACUGGCUCCGGGAGCGCUUCCAAGAUCCCCAAAACGACGGCGCCUAUCCCGAUAUUCUCGAUCCUGACCUCCUCCCCGACAUCGACGCUCUCUUCGACGACGUCGAGAACCACCACCACUCCCCCCGCACUCAGCCGGCGGUGGAGGAACAAGAGAAGGACUUGAAGAAAGAGCUGGCGUCGUUGGGAUUGCUGAAAUGGCGGAAGGGCCGACCCGCGGCGGAGGCGCCGAGGUACAUCGAAAAGGCUCCGAAGAUUGUCAACGUGAAAGUGAGUCCGAGGCCGAUCCAGCAGCCGCGGUAGACCGAUUCGGUCGGCUCUGGAUCACCGAGUUUGAUGUAGCCUUUUGGUUUUUUUGGUAGAUAAGCAUGUAUCUAGCUUUCACCGUCUGUUCAUGUACAUGUGUUCUACCGCUUGUAACUUUGUUUUGAGCAAUAAAUUAAAUCUAAUUAGCGACUAA